ACGGACCCCCACGCGCAGCACCUCUACAACGCCGAGAUGCUGCGCCAUGGCGCCCAGAGCGCCCCGCACUUCGUCAUGUUCUUCGCCCCGUGGUGUGGGCAUUGUCAGCGUCUACAACCCACUUGGAACAAACUUGCGGACAAAUACAACGGCAUGGAAAACCCACAGGUCUAUGUUGUGAAAGUAGAUUGCACAACAGAUUCUCCACUUUGUUCUGAAUUUGGCAUCAAAGGAUACCCAACCCUAAAACUGCUUAGACCAGGCCAAGAUGCUGCCAAAUACCAAGGGCCUCGAGACUUCCAGUCACUAGAGAACUGGAUGCUGCAGACAUUGAAUGAGGAAUCUGCAGAGCAAGAAUCUGAAGCAGAGCCCCCCAGAGCCCCUGAAUCAAAGCAGGGCCUCUAUGAACUCUCAGCAGCUAAUUUCAAACAGCAUACAGAAGAAGGCAACCACUUUAUCAAAUUCUUUGCCCCUUGGUGUGGCCACUGCAAAGCACUUGCACCAACUUGGGAACAGCUGGCUCUGCUCCUUGAAAAUUCGGACUCUGUCAAGAUUGGCAAGGUUGACUGCACACAGCAUCAUGAAAUCUGCUCAGCAAACCAAGUCCGUGGUUAUCCAACCCUCCUUUGGUUCAAAGAUGGAGAAAAGGCUGACCAAUACAAAGGAAAGAGAGAUCUUGACUCUUUGAAAGAAUAUGUAGAUUCCCAGUUAAAAAACACCAAAGAUGCCUCAGAUGAUCCUAAGCCUACUGAAACACCACCAACACUAUCAGCCAAAGAAACCACUGAGGAAGAGAGCAAUGUCCUUUCUCUCUCUGAACAAGACUUUGAUAAAGAAAUUGCUAAUGGAAUAACCUUCAUCAAAUUCUAUGCACCAUGGUGCAGCCACUGUAAAAACCUGGCUCCCACUUGGGAGAGUUUGUCCAAAAAGAACUUUCCAGGACUGCUCGAUGUCAAGAUAGCAGAAGUAGAUUGCACCACGGAACGCAGUGUUUGCAAUAAAUUUUCCGUCCGUGGCUACCCAACGCUGAUGCUUUUCCGUGGUGGUGAGAAGGUGAGCGAACAUACUGGAGCCAGAGAUCUUGAAACCCUGCAUAACUUUGUUUUACGGCAAGCAAAGGAUGAACUGUAAAGAUGUACCUGUGUGGAUAUGGCUUCUCCAGCUGUGUCUGUCUAGUAAAUAUGGAAGCUGAAUCGUGGUAAUGUUACUGGAUUUCCAGUAGUGGUCAUUUGGGAAACUGAAUGUACUAAGAUAUGGUAUCUUAUCUCUCUGUGUUUGUAUUUCUUAAAAGACUUCUAUGUUGACCUCUAGGGAAGUAUACAAAAUGCACUCUUCAA